UGCCUCUUGUCCCCAUUUCCCACUCUCUCCUGUCCUUUCUUGACGGAGGGGACGCACGAGCAGCACAACUUGGCCAGAAAAAUAUGCCUGCCGGGGUCAUCACGCAGUAGGACUUGACCCGUCUCCGCCAUUCACCUGUAAAUUCGGCUGCGCCCCUGCAAACGGAAGCGCUCCACCAUCACCAUGCCACUGAUCACUGCCACUUUCAUGGCCCUUGCCUGCUUGUGCUUGGAUCCUGCAGUGGGUGCGGCGGCGACACUCUCGGCGCGGCGUCCGCUGCGGGGCAACGACACGCUGGUCUCCGCACAGGGCAAGUUCGAGCUCGGCCUCUUCAGCCCGGCCGGCAGCUCCGACGGCAGGUUCUACCUCGGGAUCUGGUACAAGAACAUCCCCGGCCAGACCGUCGUCUGGGUCGGCAACCGCGCGACUCCUCUGUCUGGCCUCGCCUCCGCCGAGCUCCGGGUCUCCGCCGACGACGGCAACCUCGAGCUCGUCGGUCCCACCAGCGCCUCCGCCUCGCCGGUCGUGGUGUGGUCUUCGAACCUCUCUUCUUCCUCGUCGCCAAGCUCAAACAACACGGCGGAGAUCCGCGACAACGGCAACCUGGUCCUUGUCGACGGCGGCAACUCCUCCAACGUGCUGUGGCAGAGCUUCGACCACCCAACGGACACGUAUUUGCCGGGGGCGUGGCUCGGGGAGAACAAGCUCACCGGCGAGUACCAGGCGCUGACGUCAUGGCGGAACGCCCAAGACCCCGCGCCGGGAAUGUUCUACGACACGCUGGACCCCAACGGUACCGCCGAGUUCUUCAUGCUGUGGAACCGCUCCCGCAUGUACUGGCGGGGCGGCGUCUGGACGGGGGGCCGCUGGAAGGGCGACGUUGGGGCGGCGACUGGACGGGGCACCAACCUCUACAACACGACGUUCGUCGACACGCCGGCGUUCCGGGGCACCACCACGGUGCUCACCGACAACGCGACCAUCACGCGCCUGGUGCUCGACCUCAACGGCCAGAAGAAACAGUUCGUCUGGGUGCCUGCGAGCCGGAGCUGGCAGUUGUUCUGGGCGGCGCCCACCGUGCAGUGUGACGCGUACGCGCUCUGCGGCGCAUUCGGCGUCUGCAACCAGAGGAGCCAGCUGCCGUGCCGGUGCCCGCCCGGGUUCGCUCCGGCGUCGGAGAGGGACUGGACGCUCAGCGACUGGAGCGACGGGUGCCGCCGGAGCUCGCCGCUCGCGUGCGCGCACAAUGGGUCGACGACGGACGGGUUCCUGGCGCUGCCGGACGUGAAGCUCCCGGACGAGCCGCUCGCCAUGACCGCCGCCCAGAGCAAAGCAGAGUGUGAGUCGACUUGCCAAAAGAACUGUUCGUGCCAGGCCUACGCCUUCUCCGCCGGGGCCGGGGGUUGCUCCGUCUGGCACGGAGAGAUCCGCAACCUUGAGCAGCUCUUCCCGGACUCCAGCAGCCCCGGGUCAGACUUUUAUCUCCGGCUUUCACAAAGAGCAUUGCAAGAUCUCCAUGGCGGACACGGGAAGAAAGGGGGGAGAAAAUCAUGGCUUGUCUUUGGCAUCACACUGGCCGUUGUAGCAGCAUUGGGCGCGUCGGUCAUACUAGCCUGGAGGAUUCUUCUUGCCCGGAGAAGACUGGUUGUGUACAUGGAGAACGAGAAUGGAUCCUCCUUGGUUGUGUACAGCUACGCCGACCUCCGUGCCGCCACCAACAACUUCUCGGAGCGGUUGGGCGGCGGAGGCUUCGGCUCGGUGUACCGCGGGGUCCUGAAGCAGCACAAGGGAGGCAGCACGAUCCAAGUCCAAGUGGCAGUCAAGAAGCUGGAAAGUCUUGCGCGGCAGGGUGACAAGCAAUUCCGGGCGGAGGUGAGCACGCUGGGGCUCAUCCAGCACGUGAACCUCGUCCGCCUCCUCGGGUUCUGCUCGUCGGGCGACGAGAAGAUGCUCGUGUACGAGUACAUGCCCAGAGGCUCCCUCACCGGCUCCUUUUUCGGCGGCGGCGCAUGCCCGAGCUGGCGCGACCGGUACUGUGUCAUGCUCGGCGUGGCGAGAGGGCUGACCUACCUGCACGACGGCUGCCGCGAGCGCAUCAUACACUGCGACAUCAAGCCGGAGAACAUCCUGCUGGACGAGGACAUGUCCCCGAAGAUCGCCGACUUCGGGAUGGCGAAGCUGGUGGGUAGGGAUUUCAGCCGCGCCCUGACGACGAUGCGAGGCACCAUCGGGUACCUCGCCCCAGAGUGGAUCUCCGGGCAGCCAAUCAGCGCCAAGGCGGACGUGUACAGCUUCGGCAUGGUGCUCUUCGAGCUCAUCUCGGGACGACGUAACUCCGAGAGGUACGGCGAGCUAGAGGCCGCAGGGACUGAGGCGAGGGAGUCCUUCACCUUCUUCCCCGUAUGGGCCGCGGGAAAGGUUGUGGAAGGAGAGGUGGGCGUCGUGGCUGACCCGCGGCUGCACGGCGAGGUGAUGCCGGAGGAACUGGAGCGGGCGUGCAGGGUGGCGUGCUGGUGCAUCCAGGACGAGGAGGCGCAGCGCCCAACCAUGGCGCAGGUCGUGCAAGCGCUCGAGGGCGCCAUCCACGUCCAUGUGCCGCCGGUGCCACGGGCACUGCAGCGCCUCGUCACGUAAUUGGUGGCGGCGCGGAAGCGUUUCCUGUGCCAAGGACGACAUGAUUAAGUACUCCAUCCGUAAACUCACAACCCAAUUUACGUUAGUAGUUGUUGGGUGGUCUUGAAUCUCUACUCCCUCUGUUCCUAAAUAUAAGUUUUUGUAUGGAUUUCAUUAUGGACCACAUACAGAUGUGUAUAGACGUAGUUUAGAGUGCGGAUUCACUCAUUUUAACUACAAAGACUUAUAUUUAAAAACUUUUAUCAGCAA